GCUCGAUUUCUUUCUCGAAAAAUCGCGGAAACGCCUUCGUUGCGUUCGUUUAACGUGCGUGUGUUGGAGUGAUGCUGGCUCGGUUGCAGGUCCGUCGUUGAGCCAUCUGAUCACGUGACGUGCUAUGCUCAAACGACACGAAGACCGUGCAAAGUCGAGUCAUCGCGUAGACACUCUAGCCGGGCGCUAUCUCGACACCAACAACUAUCGCGAGCGAGAUCGCUCGCCAUCUCGUCGCCAGACGUCGACACUGAGUGAAAUGACGGUCGAGGGUCGAGUACAGAGUGAAACGCGCAUGUCAGAGGGACUGAUGGCUUUGUGUAGCGGCUUCACCGAUCCCAAACAGUAUGAUGACCAUUUGCGCGAUCUGAGAGCGUUUGUUGACGCGAGUGGUGGGAAGGAUGGCGAGCAAUUGAGGAAGAUGUUGAGUGUUGUGUUGGGGUAUUUGUAUGUUGAUGCUUGGCGUCGUGGUGCUCCGAAAUUAGCUGAGGCAUUGGUUGAUAAGUAUGGUGAUGAUCUUGGUGGUGAGGAGAGGCGUGUGUUGAGGGAGAGAGUUGGUGGGGAUGAGUGUGGGAGAGUGGAGAAGGUCGAUGUGUGUUUGUCGUGUGAGAGCGCACAGUCGCUCGUGUAUUUUAUGGGUAGGAUGGAGAAUGUGGUGUUGAGGAAUGUCGUCGAGCGUUGCUGUGAUGUGAGGAGUUGUGGUGGAUUGUCGGAAUCGUGUGCGUCGUGCCAAACUGGGGCGAACGAACCUCGAAAAAAUGAGACCGAGACCGAGACCAACUGUGAGACAACGACUAAGGCCAAGAGCCACCCUGAGUCACACUCUGAGACCCACUCUGAGACCCACUCUGAGACCAAGACUGAGACCGUAAACCAGAUGUGCGAAGACGAGGAAAGCCUUUUGGAAGGCGCUCGGACAGAGAACGAUUUCGUUCGUCGUCUGCGUCGUACUAUAAGUCAAGUGUAUGAAAUUCGUGAGUCUAACGCUCUUCCGUCUGUCUGUCUUCAUACCUUCUAUAACGUGUCUCGACUUGGUUUGACGAAUGUCGUGUUUUCGCCGGAUUCUAGUCUCUUGUGUGGAACGUUCGAGGACUCAUCUGUUCGGUUGUGGAAUCGUCUCGGAUGUGUGUUCAGACUGUCUCGCAAUGUAGAUGAAAAGGGACUCGGUUUGUCUCAUUUAUCUGUGAAUCUUCCUGCCGCUCUUCGUCUACGAGAAAUCGCUAUGGAUUCGAGCAAUCAACAAGAGAGUGACACGUUGAUAUUGCGUGGCCACAGCAGUGCUGUGUAUAGUGCCAGUUUUACGCACGACGGGCGCUAUCUUUUGUCUGCAUCAGGCGAUACGUCAGUCCGAUUGUGGGACAUCAAGAAACAGUGCAAUGUCGUUUUGUAUAAGGGCCAUGCUUGGCCGGUUUGGGACGUAUCCUUUAGUCCUGUUGAUUACUACUUCGCGACCGCAUCGUUUGACAGGACUGCUCGUCUAUGGCGAACAGAUACCACAUAUCCACUUCGGAUAUUCGCCGGCCACACGAGGGGCGUCAACUGCGUCCGAUUUCAUCCAAACUGUUCGUAUCUUGCAACCGCUUCGGCCGAUGGUACGUGCCGCAUGUGGAGCGCACAGACCGGUCAAUACGUUCGACUCUUCAGCAAACACGUCGCUCCAGUCAGAGCCGUAGCGUUCUCACCGGACGGCAAGCAGCUGGUCUCGGCAAGCGACGAUAGGAAGGUCCUACUCUGGGACAUCGCGACGGGCAACGUCAUACACGAAAUGACUUCACACACCGACAAGGUCUACACCGUUGAUUUCAGUCACGAUGGCCUCGUGCUCGCGUCAUCCGGUGAGGACGGAACCAUUCGACUAUGGAAUACAAAAGAAACUGGCAAAGAACUCGCCUGUUUCACAGCCAAAUCGUGCAUCAUCCAACGCAUCCAAUUCUCCAAGAACAACCUCAUACUCGCCGCCGGAGUGCAUAGCCCCAACCGUUAG